CUUAUCUUAUCGGGCUCUAUCCGGAGUGUGGUGGAUUUUAUUUCUUUGCUUUGCAUCUGCAACGUGGAACUGGCACAGCAGACAUACCACCCUCAUCCCCUAGGUACCUCCUACCGGUACCUUAUAGCUCCCAUAGUCUCGUCUUGAACCCGAGAACAAGGUCAUUGCAAUGCCUCACAAACAUACCCGCCGGGAAAAGGACCAGUCAACUUUUGACCUUCCGCCGUCGCAAGUUGCCAGACCGCUCCCAGUCACUUCCAUAUCCAAGAAGAACGCGUCGCUGCCCAAGAAAAAUGGGCAGCACGGCAAGAAGAACGCACAGGGAAGCAGCAGCGAUGCCCCGCCCAAGAGCUAUCUGAAGAGGAAACGCGCCGAUGCGGCUGCCGACGAUGUGCCGCGCGCGUUCAAGCGUCUGAUGGCAUUUGCCGGCGGCCAGAAGACUAGGUCCGGCCUCGACAAUGGCGAUCAGAAGGGUAAAAAGGUAAAAGGAAAGGGGGCAAAGGCUCCGGCAGCCCCCGCGUCAACGGUAUCCUCAACAACCGAAGACUUGACAAUCAGACCAGGAGAGCGCCUCUCUGAGUUCAACCAGCGCGUGGACGCAGCCCUCCCCCUCAGCGGACUAGUCAAGACGAUUAAGGUUGGCAAAGACCCGCUGGGCCUAAAGAUCAAGCGCACAAAGAAGGAGAGGAAGAUGCACAAGAUGUACGACGAGUGGAGGGAAGAGGACAGGAAGAUCAAGGAGCAGAAGGAGGAGGAGGCCGAGGAGGCCGAGGAGCGUGAGCUGGAGGAGGGCAAUCUGGGCGUCACCUGGAGGCUGGACCAGGAAGCCCAGGGGAAGAAGAAGAAGGGUAAAAAGGGCAAGGUGAUUGGCGAAUCGACCAGCAAGGAAGAAGACCCAUGGCUGGAGAUUGUGAAGAAGAGGGGAGAAGCCAAAGUCGGCAUUCACGAUGUUGCGCCUCCGCCCGACUUGAGGCCAGUGCAGGCAAAGCUGCUUGUCCGCGGCGCCAAGGUCGACGUCGAGAACAUUCCAAAGUCUGCUGGCAGUCUCCGGCAGCGCGAGGAGCUACAGACCAUCCGCGAUCAAGUCGUGGCUUCAUAUCGCAAGGCAAUGAGCGAAAGGAGGCCGGCAGUCCCGGGCUCCAACGAAGAAACAGAUGAGACUUAGGUUUAGAGAUCCCUCUACUAUGCAUAUACAUUAGAUAUCAUGCCUCGAUGUCGAUGGAUCUUUUCGAAAUAUGUCCUGGUUUGCUACUACUCCAUGUUUGUGUUUAUCAUAUAUCUCAUUUUCUAUUUAGAAUUUCAGAUUGUAGGUACACCUACAUUACCUCAGUUUUGUGUUGCGCCUAGAGACCAUGGCAGUCUCGGCGUCAAAAAAAGUCGAAAAUAGAUAUGGUCCCAAGGCAAGUUAGGUAUGAUGCUUCGAGGAAACCGAAAUCUCCAUCCGACGAGAG